GUAUAAAAAGUAUCAAUACCGAACUAAAACAGGUAUAAGCGAUGAGUAAAAAGGUGACUUUAAACAGCUAAAUGACGGAUGUUUUUUUCGUGUUGUGUCGCCAUUAAAAAAAACUGCUGUCGAGAUCCACCUGUCCAGGUGUGUGACGUCACCGCCUCCUCCGACAUACGAAGGAGGAAGAAGCCGCCACUAAAGCGCUCACGGUCGCCACCGGUGACUCGGUCGGGUUUAAAAGUAAAAGGGCCGCCAUGGAGGUCUGCCUGGCCUCGCGUCACCGAUCGGCGCUCAACUUCGCGGUGAUGGUGCUCGUCUACGCCGCCUACCUCCUCGUCGGCGCCGGGGUCUUCUCCGCCAUCGAGCUGCCCUACGAGAUCCGGCUGCGGGACGAGCUGGAGGCCUCCCAUCGGGACUUCCUCGGCAACAACACCUGCGUGUCGGAAGCGCGUCUCCGGGAGCUGCUGGUCCGAGUCCUGGAGGCCAACAACUACGGCGUGUCCGUCAUGAGUGGACGCGGCCACCGGAACUGGGACUUCAUGUCCUCCUUGUUCUUCACCAGCACCGUCCUCACCACCACAGGGUACGGCCACACGGUUCCUCUGUCAGACGAAGGAAAGGCCUUCUGCAUAAUCUACUCCCUCGUGGGCAUCCCGGCUACCCUCUUCUUCCUCUCGGCAGUGGUGCAAAGGAUCAUGGUCCCGGUGACCCGCCGGCCCCUCUCCUACUUUCCCCGCAGGUGGGCCAUGUCCAAGUCCAAGUUCGCCGUGGUGCACGCCGCCAUCCUGGCCGUGGUGGUGACCUUGCUGCUGCUCAUCAUUCCCUCCUGGAUCUUCUUCACCCUGGAGAAGGACUGGAACUUUCUGGAGUCCCUCUACUUCUGCUUCAUCUCCUUAACCACCAUCGGUCUCGGAGAUUACGUCCCGGGGGAGACGCACAGCACUGAGGAAAACCCGUACCAGCAGUUCUACAAGCUGCUCAUUACUGUGUACCUGCUGCUGGGCCUGGUGUGCGUCCUGGUGCUGAUGGAGACGUGCGUGGAGCUGCCCCAGAUGAGGCGCCUCAGGCAGAGGUUCUAUCUGGAGGGAAUCCGGGAGCUGGACGCCGAGACGGCCAACAUCAUCGAGCGGGAGCACGCCGCCGCCGCCGACCCGCCCAUCAGCUACCACUCGGCAGGCAUUCCGUCCGUGUCGGAGCAGGCCGCCUCCAUGCGGGCAUCGUACACGCCGGCCUCGGGGUCCUCCAGCCUGCACAGCAAACUGGGCCGAGCUUGCAAGAGCGAAGAAGCGCUUUGAGAACAAACAUGGCUGCCUGCUGUCGGGCCAAGACUCUUCUACGGUUAAAGCAGGAUAUGCUCUUUUAUUAGGACAUCUUCUUUGUUCUCCCUUGCUGAUGCAUUCCUUGCAGAUAAGAGUAGGAGCGGGAAUGUGGAGGAAGGGCUGGAAAGUUUCCACUUCCUGCCAGAAAGUGUGAUAACGUUCACACCAGUUGCCAUUUAGCUUCCACUUACUGUUAGCAGCCAAAUACUAGAGACGCCUCUCUGUGUGUACUCUGUGUGUACUUCUACACUACAUUGGCUGUGGGUGGAGUGCAGACCUCCGCCAAGGCCAAAAUGGCCGCUCAGCUCCUGUAAGUAUAUUCAGUUCAUCACAAGUGCAGGGUUACCAAUCUUUGUGGGAAAUGUUACGUUUUUUAGCACAACAACAAAUUGUGAGGUCACGUUAUUGUUUCAUAUAUAUAUAUAAAUAUAUAUAUAUAGUAUAUAUAAAUACUAAAGGGCUUCAAUUGGUGCAAAUUUAUUUACAAUGUGGGUGUUUGAACACCAGAGGGCAGCACAUCCUCUUUUUUCCACAACCAAUUUACAAGCCAGCCAAAGCUAAAGUGUGUAUUAUAUUUCAUAUACAAUACCAUGCUCAUCUUGAUGGCCUUCAAAUAGAUUAAAAAAUGGGACAAAGUGAAAAUAGAAUGUAUCAUCCAUGAUAAGAAUGUGUAUAAAUGUACAUUAUUACAUUCCCGUUUAGGUUGCCGUGCAGACUCAGACUGAUGCAUCACCUUUAGGCGAUGGUGCCCUCCAUUAGCUGGUGUUUAUACGAUUUGUGCCGGCGGGGGCGGCUUGGUGCAGAGAGGCCUGAAGGAGUGUAUGCAGACCAGUAAGAUGGAGAACAGCAUCAAGGCCAUGAUGGUGACGAUGGCCACGUAGCCGGCGUAGGGCAGGGGGGGCGUGUCGGGAGCCUCUGCAGGAAUCAUGUUGGUCAGGUUCAACAUGUAGCCCAGAGUCCAGCCGGCGUCGCUUCCUUUUAUCUGAGAUAAUGGGCCCAAAGGAACCACAGAAGACCAGGUUGAGAAGGUACAUAAUGAACGUAUGAGGAGCAGAGCUUCUGGUGCUGACCUGCUGUAGAUACUUGAUGGUGGAGUAGGUAUCUGAGGUGAAGUUGUAUCCGUCUGUGAGCAGCGUGAUGAGGUAGGUUCCAGCGAAACAGUACCCUACUAAAUACUUCAACUUAAUGCCGGGGUUCUGCUGCUUCACCUGCAGUAAAAACACGAGUGCUUCACUGUACCAUGGAGACACACAAGUCAAGUACACGUCCAUCAUUUGAUCCCCGACCUGAUCCCAAGGUGUAGCGCAGAAGCUGGCUAUCCUCUCCUUGACCGUAUCCAGAGGGAUGGAUGUGUCGGUGAGGUUGAGGAAGCUCAUGGCGUAGUAGUAGGCGGAGAAGGCCUACGGCAGCAUCAAGGAGGCGAAAACAAAGAUCCACAAUUAACACCAUGACUCAGUUCCUCCAUCUCUUCGUGUACUUCCUCAAACGCUGUGAAGGAGGAUGUGGAACAAAAACGGAAUACAGUGUACAGUUGCAAUGAUGCGGAUGAAGCAUAGGAACACUUCCUAAAAAAUGACAUUCUGUGAUGAAAAGUGAGAAAUGUCCAAGAAGCAAAAUAAAAACAAUCAGCCACGGGUGACAAAAGGACCACAAAAUGCUUGGAAGAACAACAACACGUUAUACGGGAAAUUCAUCCUUCAACAAGAUAAAGAAGCCAAAAAAUCAUAUCAAACUUAUAAAAAUAAGUCAUAAGAGUGUGUGAGAAUAUUAUAGGCAAUUAUUGGAUAUGAAUAAAAAAUAAGAAUAGGGCAACGUGGGCAUUUUAAACAGUAUUAUUAGGAAUAGUCUCGACCCUCGUGAGGAUAAGCGAUAGAAACUGAAUGAAUGAAUGAAUGUAACCGUAGGGUUACACGACCUUAUCACUUAUUUAUGUAUUUAAAAACUAAUCCCAUGUGGAAUACAGGAAGUGAAUAAAUGUACUGCAGUAGAAGAGAUGGAGGGGUAGGAUUUAAUAAGCUUUGCUUCUUCCUACUCCUUUUGGA